GACAAACUGGAGAAACAUAUUCAAGAAAUGGACGACGGCAGUUACAUCGAGUUUGAUGUGCCGGAGUUCAGCAACACUGUCCUGACUCAGCUCAAUGAGUUGCGACUACAGGGCAAGUUAUGUGACAUCAUUGUUCACAUACAGGGUCAGCCAUUUCGCGCCCACAAGGCUGUUCUGGCAGCUAGCUCACCCUAUUUUCGAGACCACUCUGCUCUCAGCACCAUGAGUGGCCUUUCAAUCUCUGUCAUCAAAAGCCCUGAGGUGUUUGAGCAGCUACUUGCGUUCUGCUACACAGGUCAUAUGUCCCUGCAGCUUAAGGACAUUAUCAGUUUCCUCACUGCUGCCAGCUUUCUGCAGAUGCAGGUCAUUAUUGAUAAGUGUACUCAUAUCCUUGAGAGCAUCCACUCCAAAAUAAGCCUCCCAGUUAAUACCUGCAGCCCAGAGAAGGAUGAUUCGCAGACCACUCGCAACGGGGUCAACGACAGCAACCUCUUUGUCAACCCCACACAGAUAUCCCCCCCUUACUACUCCCGUCAGAGUCACGCAGGACAUGAAGCACGCUUGGAUCUCACAGGCAAAGGCCUGGGUCGUGGUCGACAGCAACAAGAGGAAGGCCAAUCAGAUCGUGGCAGCACUGAUAGCGUGUCAGAACAUGAUGCUCCAAUGGAAGGAGAAAUGGAACAAGUGGAGUUAAUUGGCAAAGACGGGCAAGUCACAGAUGUGCAUGUGAAAGUGGAGAAGACUGAGAGGCCUACUUAUUCCGAUAGUUCCUCAGCUGGGGAUGAUGGCUACCAUACAGAGUUAGUAGAUGGAGAGCAAGUUCUGGCUGUUAGUGUGGGUUCUUAUGGUCCAGUUAUCCAGUCUGCUGCCUACUCCUACUCAGGGCUGUCUUCCCCGUGCUUUGUUAACCUCAACAGCUCCAGUCCAUCCCGUUCCAUACUCAGUGGCUUCAGAGGUGGUAGAGCAAGAGCAAAGCGCCCUUUGGCCAUCCCGGCAGCGGUAUUAAGUCACGUCAAACAGGGCACGGAUGAUACCGAAUCCGCUGUGGGACCCACAAUAUUGGAGAAUGACGUGCGAGAGCGUAGUCUGAGGAGUCAGUGGUACCCAUACAACGAAAGACUCAUUUGCGUCUACUGCGGUAAGACCUUCAAUCAGAAAGGGAGCCUCGACCGUCACAUGCGCCUGCAUAUGGGCAUCACCCCGUUUGUUUGUAAAUUCUGUGGCAAGAAGUAUACAAGGAAAGACCAAUUGGAGUAUCACAUCCGUGGCCACACGGACAACAAGCCGUUCCACUGCCAGAUCUGUGGAAAAUGCUUCCCAUUUCAGGGCACCCUAAACCAGCACCUGAGGAAGAAGCACAUGGGAGUAUCGGAGGGCAACAAUCACGUGGACUCUCCAGAGAGGACGGAGGGAAACUCGGGUCAGAAAGACCAAGAGGAUACCGCCGAGGGGAUAGCAUAUGAGGCGCAAUAUGCAGAAGAGGCACCAGUCGACGAUAUGGAAGAGAGUUCCAAAUGCAGUCCAGAAGAGGCUCAGGCAUCCAGAUGUGAUUAUUAG